AUGCACCAACACAAGUAUCAAUUACUAACUCAAAGGUGUUCCCUCAUCUCCCUGCCCUCCAAGCCAACAGCGAGCAACGUUCGUCCUGGUUGCACUUUCGUACACAAGGAAAUCUCGUGGACAACGGAAAAGCGUUCCUUGAGAGACCCACUCACAUUCGUUCCUUUUGGCUAUGGACCGCGCAACUGCAUUGGAAUGCGAGUGGCACAAAUGCAAAUGAAAGUAGCAUUGGUGCAUAUUCUGAGAAGAUACGAGUUGCGGCCUGAUGAAAUUGUGGAACUGCCUCUUCGUAUCAUCACUGUAGGAAGCAUGAGAACAGUGGAAGAACUCAGUGUUAUUCUCACACGAAUCUGA